CAACUUGUAGAUAUAGAUAUAGUGGGACUAGUGUAUUGGACACAGACUGGGCACUUGCAGGGGCAGUUGUUGGCAGUUUGGACACCCGCACAAUGGGCAGUCAUGAAGGCAAUAAGUAUUCUUGCAACUUGCUGAACUUGCAAGCUGCCUCGUUGAAUUGAAAUUGAGAUGAGUUGAUGAUGUGGUGUGUGCGCGCGGUGUGGUAAGGAGAGAGAGGACCGAUGUGACUGCCGUGAGAGAAGCUGCAUAUGAGAGAACUGUAUAGACGGGGACGGAGGCGACGAAAGCGAGAGAUAAGUAGUGAGGCAAGCGAGUGUAAACUUGUGUACUUUCCUUUCCUCGCACAGUACUUAUACAUUUUUUCAAUUUACCUCGACUCCAAACCAAAGUAUUACACUAUAUAAUUAUUAUAUGUGAGAGCCGCAACUGCUGUAUACUUAUAAACGUGAGGAAGAAAAUGUGCGCUUGCGGUGUGAGUACAAACAUAUAAACAAAUACGAAGUGUAAAAGCCGCUUUCACCACUACUGCUAUAUACACCGCAUUUUGGAGCACUGAAUUCCGACGAUAUGAAUGACAGCCGCCGUCAGCACUCGUUCCGGGAAGCUGCACACAGACCAUCGACAACAGAUGCGAUGCACUUGCCGUCAGUGUCAGUAAGAGUUCUCUAGUGAUUUAAGCAUUGAAGUCACAAGUAGUAUUGCGCACUUAGUUUAUGUUAAAUGCAUCAGAUGCUUAUUUUUUUUAAAAUGUUACCGAAACUUUAAAAGAUAUGGCAGACUCUGGUUUGGAAACGGGAUCGAUUUCUAGUCUUCAAGAAACCACAUCAGGGAAUUCGAGCAUAAAUUUAGAUGGGACUAGUGAUUCCUCUGUCAUUUCGAAAAAAUGCGAUGAAUUAUUAGAAACUUCCGUGAAUUCUUGCACAGAUGGACAUGCAUUUUGCGAACCAGAAUCCACUUCAGUGGAUAAAGAAGGAAUUGUUAAUUAUAAGUUUCAUACCUCAAAAGAUUUAUUUUACAAGUCAAAAGAUGAUAGUAGCAAAGAUAGUGAAACUCAUUCUUAUACGUCCACGUCAUGUUUUAAACAACAAGGCUCUCCUUUGCCACAAAUUCACGCUAAUGGUGUAAAAGUUUGUGAAGAUUCUUUUAAUUCGGAUAAAAUAGCUUUUGGAACAAAAACAAGUAUUCAGUGGCAGCACAAUAAUCUCAACGAUUUGUCAACGAGCAGCAGUUGCAGCAACUACUUCUUCAUUGAUGCCUCCAGUCUUAAUGACGAGGAUGCGAUAACGACCCCAACAACAUCCGCAACAACAACAAUAAUAUCAACGUUGACAUCGACAAAUAAUCUUAGCAGGCAUUUGCACAGCACAUAUGACAGUAAAAGUUGCAGCAACUCAACAGUUUGGUCGUGUAGCACGCAAUUGCCAGAUCCUGUUCACAUAAAGACAAACACGACAAGAAAGAGCGAUAAUGCACUUCUCGGCGGUAAUAACGAUAAUUAUUCGGUACUUGGCUCUCGCAAUGGAACGAUGAGUCUGCAGAAUGAGCCGGACUCUCUGCAGCAUCCAACUGUAUCCAUUUAUCCGGACUCUCUCGUUCCCAGCCAAGCCAUUAUCAAGUCACAAGACUGCUCGCAAAGUGUCGUGAGCAAAGAGUCUCUCGUGGUUGAAAUUAAGGAGGCCGACAGCGGGGAAAGUGCUCUACACUCUCCGUGCCCCGACAACACAAAAUCCAAUGGCACGAGAGACGUCGAUGACACAGCAACGAUUGGCAACAAGCCUCGGACAGAGGAAACUUUGCCAGAUAAAGGCUCCCAGGAGGUCUUGUCAGCACAGCAGGAACAAAAAAGGCCCAGUCUCAUUAGGAGGAAUACUUUUGAGCUCGAUGCAAAUGACGAGAGUUUGUCGAGUCUCAGACAAGAGUACGAGAGGCGCCAGGGCAAACUCGUCUUCCAGAGCUCCAUCACCCAAUACUCCCGACAUCGUAUCGACGGUGAUACGUAUUUUGACUAUGCUGAUCCAGCGCUUGGUCCUGCCAGCUUGCCUCCUGAAUCUGUGCGUCCCCUUGCCGAAUGUAAUCGCCAGAAACCUAUGGUUCGCAGUGCCAGCGAUAAACAACUGCUGGAGCAAUUACUACUUAAACAGCCCCAGCCUGUAAAGCAGGAGCCAACCGACUGCCCGUUCGCUAGUCUGCCCGUCAAUAUUAACGAGGAGCUCGGCACGGCCAACGCGAUCGUCAGCAAGCUCAGACGAAACGAGGCCGCACCCAUUGUAUCCGGUGGCUCAAGCAGCUCGGAUUUCCAGAAACCGAGUGAAAGCCCCGUGGUGCGCCGACGAACUGAGUCGACUCCCAUAGUUUCGGGGGGAUCUCGAUUUCUGCCGGACUCGAGUCCCCGGAACAAACUCAGGAACAGCGCCAGUGCUCACUCUACGACCGCCUGGGUCGUUGACAUGAGCGACUGUCAAAAAACCAAUACUGGCAGCCGCAGCAAUAGCAGCAGCGGUGGUAAUAGCAGCAGCGACAGCAGCAGAAGUAGCAGACACGGGGAGAAACAGCGCUUGACUAGGGCGUGGUGUUCCGAGAAAGAUGAGGACUCUAGCCGAGGUCAGCCCUCGAGUCUAGGCUACUUUGUCAACUUGGACGAUCUGACGGGCCCGAGUGACCGGUCAAAACCCGUGGGCAACAAGCAUCGUCGCCGACCGAGCGACGCCGCCAGUGAAAAGAGCUACUGCGAGUUCUUCGUCGACCUCUCGGAUAUGCAGAAGCCCCAACAGCAGCAGCAGCAUCAAAAGCAAAAAGUGGCAGUCGGCACAGCUCUACCAGCUCACUCGGUGAGCGUUGAGUCAAGUCUGAGCGCUAGCGAUGCCAAGAAAAACAUGUUUUCUAUGUUCAUAGAUCUGAACGAGCCCGUGGCCGGUGGUGUCAGUGGCUCGGGCAGAUCAAACAGCUUUGGUAGCAAGUCGGGUGCCCUGACGAGUGACAAGGCUCGCAAAAAGCCACAGUGCCCAGAGGACUUGGACCACGUGGAUAAAAAGCCCAAGUCCUCGGUGUUUAUGUUUAUCGAGUCGGACUCGCCGGUCGUGCGGCGGCGCACUUUCUCGAGUUCGCGGCCGGCUUUUAAAAGGCACUCCUGGAACAUGGAUAAGAGUAACGAGUCGAGCGUUACUGCGAGCCAACCAAGCCAGCAACAGCAGCAGCAGCAAAUCACAACAUCAAACUCUGGCUCGCAGCAAACUGUCCCAAAGAAACUGCACAAGCGAGCGCACAGUCUUUCGAUCGAUAGGCUUGGCAAUGGCAGCUUUCCUCAACCGUUUGUCGAGGCAGUCAGCAAACCUGAGCCCAAACAGCAAGAGGAAGAGGAACAGCAGCGUCAGCAACAGCUAGACGUGGAAUCUGAGUAUGAUUUGCGAGAUACGCCACCAAAUUCACACGUUGAAAUUCUCAAUCACGAGGAAGUGAUGCUCAGCUUGAAGAGUCGCAAUUACCAAGAGCUUGACGCUAUACGAGAGCUUGGAGCUGACGAGGCCAGAAAGACGGCGGUCAGUCAACAUGUUAACAAUCAGGAUGAGUGUGGCUCUGAGAGCUGCACCGAAACGCGCAAAAGCGAGACCUUCGACGUGAGCAGCAGUGCCAGUGGACCUUCUUCUACCAGUGACAAUGCCAGUGAUUUGAAAAUGACGGAUUUACUCGAUGUCGUCGUGCAGCAACAAAAAUCUAUAGCCAAGACAAAUAUACCAGUAGCUGUGCAACAAGAUAACAAAUCAAAUUUACAUGUAAACAACAACAAGAUUGCUGCGAAAUCUACAAACUCGAGAGCGAUUCCAGUGGCUAAUUUCGUUCGGCUCUCAGAUUUGGAUAACCGACCGAGUCUCAAUAAUUCGAAUACAUAUUCGACAAGUACAUCCAGCCGAGACAGCUCGCAUCGCUUGAGCAAUAACAUAAGUACUGGAGCGCUGUUGUGGAACGAAAAUAAAUUGACCACGUCAACGAAAACGAGCGAACCGCUGUAUAAAGCUCUUACUAAAAAAUUUCCUUUGAAUUUAAACGUUUCGCUCACGAAAUCCGAAAACUUUGAAGAUUUUGGUGGUGAUGCUGAUGCCGAGGCUAUUAUUUCUGAAUCAGAUUUGUCUAGUUUGCAAAGCAGCAUGGGUCGAUCUGGCCACGGAAGCACAGAAGAGACGGAAACUUCAACAAGUUUCGCUUUGGCGAGCAAACCGUACAACAGACUUGGUGAGGAUUUGCUCAGAAUGUUUCUUGAAGAAAUCAAUCCCGAUAUUACGAUCGAUGUUGGGGGUAGACAAAUCAGGGCUCAUAAAUGCAUAUUAAGCUCCCGAUGUCAGUAUUUUGCAGCAAUAUUGAGCGGAGGCUGGAUUGAAAAUUCCGGAAAUAUUAUUUCUUUGCAGGGUUACUCCUACAAUGCAGUUCAUUUUGCAUUGCGUCACAUAUACAGUGGAGAAAGUUGUAUACCAGAUACUAUUAGUAUCGUAGAACUAGCUACUUUAGCCGAUAUGUUGUGUUUAGAAGGUUUGAAAGAAGUUAUUGGACUUACUCUGAAAGUCAAGUACUGCCACUUGUUUCAUAAGCCGUGCAAUGGUUGUGCAGUCGGUGUGUUGGAAUGCAUGCCUCUGGCUGCUGCUUACGGCUUAGAUGAAGUUUAUAGAAAGUCUCUUAGAUGGGUUACGCGUCAUUUUGUAAGAAUAUGGCCGAGUAAAGAAUUUGCAACUUUGCCCCGAGAAUUGAUGGACAAGUGUUACUUUCAACAUAUCGUCCACAUGUCUGUCGAUAACGUACUACAAACUAUAAUGGACUGUGACAAGCUGCUGACGACUUUGCCAAACGUUAGAUGGGCGGAACCGGUUUUCCGGCUGGUGUCAAACCUCGUAGACGCUUCCAUGAAAUACUUGACUGACAAUUUUGCCAGUAUACUCGGCAGUGACAGCUUCCAAAGCUUAGACAAGGAGCCAACGUGGAACAUCAGCCGAUUGGAGGAUCAUAUUUUGGCGGCCGCCGAGCGCUUGCCUCCAGAACAGGCUUGCAAAACAUACUCGCGACUCGAUAAAAUAUUCAUCUGCAGACAGGCUGAUGACUUGCAGCGCAUCAAACCCAAGUGGAGUCCGUUAUUUGCAGACUUGAUGGAUAAAAUCAAGAGCCAUGUGGAAAAAUGCUUAGUCCGAGAUGCCGCGCGGGCUGCUAGAACCAAUUCGUGGUUAAAAAUGGACUUGGAGCUUCGUCGUCGUAUUCAGGAGCUCGCUUGUCUCGUUAUAUUGCCUAACGAAGCGUCCACGAAGAGACCAUCAAGGCAUUCCAAUUUUUUGAAGGAGCCAAAGGAACGUCAAGAGAUAAGAACAUUGUCGUCUAGUCAAACGCCACCAAAUCGAAACUUUGACUUUCGUAAAAUGAAAAUGGCUAUUUCGGAGCACAAUGAUAGAACACUUAAGCAAACACCUCUUCUUCAGACAAGGAAAAUUAUGAAUAAGCCAAAAACCGAUCCCUUGCAAAGGAAAUUAAACAACGAUAAGUCGGAAAAUGACUUGACUGGCAGUUUUUCUCGGCCGAAAUCAUGGCCCAACAAAAUCGAGGUAAAGUCUCGAUACCUUGAGCCAAGAAUCAGAGUACAGCAAAGUGCAGAACCAGUCAUGCCAGAGAAAAGUUUGAGUCAGCAAAGAAAGAAAAUCAUAAUUUCGUCAUCAGAUUCGUCAAGGACCUCAAGUCCAGCUAUGAGGCGUGCAGCAUGCGAAAGAAAAAUUCAAUCAAAAAUAACUAAGGUCCCUAUUAAAAAAGAUGGCAAAGCUCUUUCCUCGGAUAGUCUUGCAGGUUCUGGUGGCCGUGUGAUACCAAAAAAAGAAGUCGCAAGCAAAAGUCUCGGAAUAACAAGACCAGAAUCACCAUCGUUAAAGGUAAAAGACGUCGAAGCUGGCUUGUCUAUUGAUUCCUUAGCUGAAACUAAAAGAAAGGCUCAGCAGCAACAACAUCAACACUUGCUGAAGAAGACGACUAGCAAAAUGGAUACUUCGAUGUCGACGGAUAGUCUGAUGACCGACAUAACAACAACAAUUACGACUCCAAGGUCCGUAUCCACGAAUAAGUCGUCUCCAAUUUUGAGCAAAGCAACGGUCAUGGGUCAAAUACGAAACUAUGAUAAACUGAAAAAGUCACCACCGGUGCAACAAAGGUACAACUUAAGCAACAAUAGCAACAACAACAACACUUUGUCAUUACGCAGACCGACUCGAUCCUUGGAAAAUUCGACUGCAGCUAGCAGAAGUAGAGCAGCUGCUGUGGCUAAUGCCUAUCAUGGCUCAAUGAAUUUGCGCAAGAGUCUUUUGGACGCUGCCAAAGCGCCUGACAUUCCAAACAAAAAUGUGAGUAGUCCAUCCAUGACCAGGACGACUUUACGUCAAAGCACGUUGUCAACGAGGUCGUCUUCAUCGAGUUGUAAUACCAGUGUGGCUUAUGGCAAGUCUUCUGGCGACAAAGUCGAGGCUUCUUCAGGCAACUUAAAUCAGCGCAAUGGCGUUUCAUCAUCUAGUCCUGGAAGCAAGAGAUCACCCAAGACAAAUGUAAACUCAAGACUCAAUAGAUCCACAACGCUUAUAACUAACAAACAAAAGACGAACAAGUUACAAGAAGAAAAGGUUGCAGCUUCAAAGAAGUUAAAAUCUCAAACGGCUACGUGUGCUGUGGACCAAAAUGGUCCCAAAUUCCUAAACCAAAGUUCAAGGUCUGGUACGUUUUUGAAGGAUGAACCGACGAUUUUAAAUAAAUCAGAUAUAGAGACUGCUGCUAUAGACGUUUAAUUUUAUUUAAGCUAUUGCUAUCAAUACCAUAGGUACUGCUGUUAUUGCUACUGUCGUUGACACACUUAUGUGUGAGCGUGUGUUACUGUAUGGGUGAGGAUGAAUUUGUACAUUGCUUUAUUUGAUCUCUUUUUAUGGAAUUUCGAUUUUAUUCCGUGUAUGAUAAUAUCUGAUGAGCUAAGAUAUUGUUGCAUAUACAUUUAUAAGUCAACACCAUAUCGUAAAUAGUUGACUAUGAGGAGUUGCAUAAGAUCCGCAUUUUUUCAUAAAAAUUUCAUAGAGAAUUUAAGCGUAAAUAUAUUAUAUAUAUAUAAACUUGUACAUUUUAUGAAAUUACAUACAGAAUCCAGAAUCUCUAUUCAUGCUAUUACUCUUCUAAAGAUAGUUGUAAUUACAAUCGAAUAUUGAUAUGCAAUUAUUGUUAUUUGUAUGUUAAAAUAAUUUUGUUCAUGUUUUUUUUUUUGUUAUUUAUGUUAUUUUUUGUGUAUAA